AUGGCAAACAACAUUCCUCCUGGGUAUCACGUUGAAGUUGUAGGGGACGCUAGAUUUGUGGUACCUUUACGGUACUCUAAUUUAAAGCCCAUUGGUUCUGGAGCUCAGGGCUUUGUUGUAGCUGCCUAUGAUUCAGUACUCAAACAAGAUGUUGCCAUUAAAAAAUUGGCUCGUCCUUUUCAAAAUGUUACACAUGCCAAACGUGCCUAUCGUGAAUUUGUUUUAAUGAAACUGGUGAACCACAAAAAUAUCAUAUCAUUAUUAAACGCAUUUACUCCUCAACAAACAUUGCAAGAUUUUCAAGAUGUUUAUUUGGUGAUGGAGUUUAUGGAUGCCAAUUUGUGUCAGGUGAUCAAUCUUGAUUUAGAUCAUGAACGAACCUCAUAUCUACUGUAUCAAGUCUUAUGUGGUGUAAAACAUUUACAUGCAGCCGGUAUAAUCCAUCGAGAUUUAAAACCCAGUAAUAUUGUUGUAAAACAUGAUUGUAGUUUGAAAAUUCUGGAUUUCGGUUUGGCUCGUACAGCUGGAGAUAGCUUUUUGAUGACCCCAUAUGUUGUAACUCGUUAUUAUCGUGCUCCAGAAGUUAUUUUAGGUAUGGGUUAUUCUGAAAAUGUAGAUAUUUGGUCAGUUGGUUGUAUAUUUGCUGAAAUGGUUUUAGAAAGAAUUCUAUUCCCUGGUUAUGAUCAUAUUGAUCAAUGGACUAAAAUUACCGAAGAACUUGGAACACCAGGACCAGAAUUUAUGAAUCGUUUAGAAUAUGCUGUUCGUAAUUAUGUAAUGUCACGUCCAAAAAAUGAACCACGUUCAUUUACUGAACUUUUUCCAGAUGAUCGUUUCCCUCCACCUAGCACCGAUCAUGAAACAUUAAACGCUGACCAAGCUCGAGACUUAUUAAGUAGAAUGUUAGUAAUUGAUCCAUUACAAAGAAUUUCAGUUGAUGAUGCUCUUCAUCACCCAUAUAUACACGUAUGGUACGAAGACUCUGAAGUAAACGCGCCACCGCCAGCUCCAUAUGAUGAUUCACUUAGUGAAAGAAAUUUAUCAGUUGAAGAAUGGAAAGCGCGUAUAUUUCAUGAAGUAAAAGAAUUCGAAGCUAAAGAAUCUCAUAUACGUAAUGUUCAAAAUUAA